AUGCAACCCGAUGAGUUAACACAACUCGAAUAUCUACUUUCAUCAAAUUUAAACCAAUACCCUUCUCAUUUUGGCCUAAUUCACAACGCCACACCAGCAUAUCAAUUUAACAGUUUGUCAAACAAUUUGUAUCAACUUCCCCAAGUUCAAGAAUUCAAUCCCCAAUCGGCAGGUAACUCGACUUCGGAUGAAACUGAUGAGCAGCAAGUCAGGAUAAUAAACGAGAGGAAGCAACGAAGAAUGAUAUCGAACAGAGAAUCUGCACGGCGAUCACGUAUGAGGAAGCAAAAGCACCUUGACGAGCUCUGGUCGCAGGUCGUCUGGCUCAGAAAUGAGAAUCAUCAACUGAUUGACAAACUGAACCAUGUUUCGGAGAGCCGUGAUCAAGCCAUACAAGAAAAUGCUCAGCUUAAAGAAGAGGCUUCUGAACUUCGUCAAAUGAUCACAGACAUGCAGCUCCAUAGUCCUUACCGUAGUGUGAUCAGAGAUUUUGAUGAUCAUGAAUCGUGCAAGGACUUGACCCAGGGCAAGAGCUGA